AUGAAGCUCUCGUUUGCAACAUCGUUGCUGCUCACUACCGCUUGGGCUGUUCCUCAUCCCCAGGCUGGUUCUACAAGUGCGGAGGCCAGCGACAGCAACAGCAAUAGCCCAGUACAAUGCGAACCAUUUUACCCAGACCAAGCCAUUUUGGACGCACUUGCCGGAACGUACGCUUUGAUCAACACAACGAGUGCGCGGGACGGUGUACCUAUUCCAGAUGAGGCUUAUGGAGAGCGACCCGUUGGCAUCAUCACAUACAGCAAGUCCGGUUGGAUGUCUGCUACCAUUACGGCUACUGAACCUGAGUUGCGACCGAAUCUAACGUUUCCUUUCCAGCCGGAGGACUCAGACGAUGACUGGGCUCUCGUUGGCAAGCACAGCAUAGGGUAUGCUGGACCGAUUACCAUAAGCCGUGAUAUUCCAGCGAACACCACAUCAGGUCAGAUCUUCCAUGGCCCUCUAGUAGUCGCCAAUGUACCGAGUUGGCAGGGAGCGCUGCAGAGGAGGAAUUAUACAAUUCAUACCACUCCUGAAGGGAAGCUCUUACAUAUCCAAUCCACCCGUGGUGGUGGUUUCACAGGAGAACUCUGGUGGAGGAAGGUGGAUUAG